AUGAAAUCAUCGCAAACUGAUAGUCUGCAUAUUAGUUCUGCAGUAACAACCACUUUACUUCAGACUUGCCUUGUUAAUGUUAGUGAUUUGAGUGACAAGCCUAAAGAGAAAACUUGUAGAUUAUUACUUGAUUCUGGUAGCCAACGUUCAUAUAUAACAUCAUCAAUUGCAAAUCAUUUAAACCUGCCCACUAUAGAAAAUGUAGAUUUGUCUAUUUUUACAUUUGGUACGAAAUCUCCACAAUAUAUAAAAAGUCGUGUAGUUAAUUUUAUAAUUAAGACGCGAAUCGGUGUAAAGCGAUCUAUAUACGCGAAUGUAGUACCUCAUAUUACUAAUUCCGUACAAGCGCCAGUAUUUAAUAAUUCAGUGAAAUUAUUACAAGACAGUAGAUUAAACAAACUCAUUUUAGCAGAUGAUGGUUCUUAUGGAGAUAAAAUAGACAUUUUAAUAGGUAAUGAUUAUUAUCAUACAUUUAUAUCGAAUGAAAAGUUAUGUAUUUCUGAUAAUCUUUUCUUAGUAAGUUCAGAUUUUGGGUGGAUAUGGUCAGGUAGAGUAAACGAAACAAAUACGGUAGAUCAAUUAUCAGUUUUAACCUAUUUUCAAUCAACAGGAAUUUAUGAUAGUAAAUUACAUAAACCGGAUCUUCCAUUAAAGACAGACGAUGUUAAAAGGUUAUGGGAUCUAGAAUCGAUAGGAAUAGUAGAUUCUCCAAAAUGUUCUCGUGAUGAGGAAGCGAUUAAACAAUUUAAUAAAACUAUUCAGUACAAAGACAAUAGAUAUUACGUUAAAUGGCCUUGGGCCGAAUAUCCUCCUAAUUUACCUAAUAAUUUAGGCUUAGCUUAUGGUCGUCUAAGUAAUUUAUUGAAACGUUUAGAUAAUUUAACUAUAAAGUCAUAUGAUAAAGUCAUUCAAGAACAAUUACAGAAUGGUGUAAUAGAGAUAGUCAAAAACGCUUCCUUUUCACUGAGUCAUCCUGUGCACUAUCUACCACAUCAUUGUGUUUAUAAUCGAGAUAAACCCAAUAAGCUUCGUAUUGUAUAUGAUGCGUCAGCCAAAACAGUAGGAAAUCAAAGUUUAAACGAAUGCUUAUAUAAAGGCCCCUUAAUGCUAGAAGAUCUUACUGCGCUAUUGAUUAAAUUUAGAGAACAUGCGAUUGGCAUUAUAGCAGACGUUGAAAAAGCAUUUUUACAAUUAGGUCUUCAAGAACCAGAUAAAGACGUGACGCGCUUUCUUUGGCUGAAAAAUAUCAAUGAUUCAGUUAACAAAGAAAAUAUAUUAACUUUAAGAUUCUGUCGAGUACCUUUUGGAGUUAUAUCUAGUCCAUUUCUCCUCAAUGCUACAAUAAAAUACCAUUUAAUGAAAUCUAAUAACUCAAUUUUAAACCAGAUAGCUGACGAUAUUUAUGUAGAUAAUAUUAUAACUGGUGCUAAAACGGUUUUAGAGGCACAAAACUUAUACAACACGUCCAAAUUAGCCUUUAAUGAUUUGUCUAUGAACUUAAGGGAGUGGAAUUCAAAUUCAAAAGAUUUUCUUUCACGUAUACCUGAUAAAUUUUGUACAGAUAUUGAGGAAGUUAAAGUUUUAGGUUUAAUAUGGAAUACGAGGGAUGAUAAAUUAUUAUUGAAAUAUGAUAUUAGUCAAACAGAUUUAGAUUCAGUUUACACAAAACGAAGUAUUUUAAAAGUAAUUGCUUCGGUUUAUGAUCCUUGUGGUUAUGCUGUUCCAAUAGUGCUUCCAGCUAAAUUAUUUUUCCAGAAGUUAUGGAAACAAAAGAUUUUAUGGGAUACUAAGAUUAAUAGUGAUUUACUUAAUGAGUGGAAGCAAAUAAUAUCGAAGUUUAGUUAUCUUAAAAAUAUUAGCAUUGACAGAUAUUUCUUAAAAAGUAUAGGUAACACCAGGGCUAGUGAAAAAAUAAGACAUGAAUUACAUUGCUUUACUGAUGCUUCUACGGAAGCAUAUGCUGCAUGUAUAUAUUUACGUAGUUCUUGGGGUACUAGUAAUAUUGUCACUUUUAUUAUUGGCAAGUGUAGAUUAGUACCUAUUAAGGAGCAAGUUAAUUUACAGAUUCCAAAACUAGAAUUGCUUGGAGCACUUAUUGGAAAUAGACUAUUACAGUACGUAAAUAAAAAUUUAAGGUUAAGUAUAAAGGCGCAGGUUUUGUGGACCGAUAGUCAAAUAGUUUUAGGUUGGUACCAUUCUAGUAAGCUUCUUUUGCCUUUUGUGUCGCGGAGGAUUAAUGAAAUCAAGCAAAAUAAAACUUUAAUUCUUAGGUAUAUACCUGGUCAAUACAAUCCAGCAGACAUAGGUACGAGAUCUGACCGGAUAGAUCAUUAUGAUAGGUGGCUCAAAGGUCCAGACUUUUUACUAGAUAACUCUGAAAAUUGGUUUUCUAUGUUUAAUAAUUGUGUAUAUCAAGUGGAAACGCAAAUCUCUUCUGUCGGGGAGGGUCUCUCGAAUGAGAAUACAAAUAAUAAAAGCACUUUAGUUGAGAAUGAAAGUAAUAUAAAUAAUUUAGAUAUGAUAAGUACAACGGAAUUAGAUAAAGAACCAAUUAGCGAUAGUGACAGUGAUUUAGAAAUUAUUUUGAAAGUACAAGCUCAAUAUUUUCCAGAAGAAACGAAAGGUAUUGUAUCUAAUUUUGCAAGAUCACUUGGCCUAUAUAAAGAUGUCAAUGGGAUAUUGAGAUGUAAAGGUAGAUUUAAACAUACUGAUUGGACUCAUUGUCAUAAAGAACCUAUAUUACUUCCAAAAAAUUCAGAAUUUACACAUAAAAUAAUAGCUGAUUUACACGAGAAAAACUAUCAUGUUGGAGUAUCUCAUACAUUGGCUUUACUUAGAAAAACAUUCUGGGUUCCUCAUGGUAGAUCAACCGUACAAAAGAUUCUUAGAAAAUGCCGAAAUUGCUUAAAAUACGGAGGUGGUCCAUUUAAAUUGCCAGCGAUGCCCGAUUUCCCAUCAGAAAGAGUUAAGUUUAAUUUACCUUUUACAUUUACGGGAAUGGAUUAUUUUGGGCCGCUUUAUGUAAUAAAUGACACACAAACAAGAUGCUACGAUACACUAUCUGAUGAAGCUACACGCUACAGACCGUUUUGUGUUAACGCCACACUGAGGACAAUAAAGACAACUACCGAGUACCGGACACAGGAAAAU